AUGGCCCCCAUCCCCAUCACCAUCGUCACCGGCUUCCUGGGCUCCGGCAAGACCACGCUGCUGCUCAACCUGAUCCCCCAGCUGCCGGCCUCCUACCGUCUGGCCCUGCUCAAGAACGAAUUCGGAGACGUCGCAGUCGAUUCCCAGCUGGCCGCCGCCUCCUCCAUCUCCGGCGUGCGCGAGCUGCUCAACGGCUGCAUCUGCUGCAACCUCGUCGGCCAGCUCAGCGACGCCCUCCUGCAGCUCCGAGACACCGUCAACCCAGACCGCAUCGUCAUCGAGACCAGCGGCAGUGCGUUCCCCGCCACUCUAGCGAUGGAGGUCAAUCGGGUGUCCAGCGAGCGCAAGGGAGAGUUCGUGCUCGACGGCGUGGUGGCCGUCAUCGACGUGGAGAACUGGGAGGGCUACGAGGAUACCUCUUACACGGCCAAGUUGCAGGCCAGAUACACCGACCUGAUCGUGUUCAAUAAAUGGGAGCUCGUCUCGGAGCGGCGGUUUGACAUCUGUCUGGACCGGGUGGGCGAUCUCGACGUGCAGACUGCCUGGGUCAAGUCGGACAAGGGCAGAGUCGACAGAGACGUGCUGCUGGGCAUCGACGGGGCCCUGCUGGCGAAGAUGGCUGACUCUACGGAAGCAAAAGACGCUCUGCGGAAAGCAGAGCAUGCGCACUCACAUCAGUCGGAGGUCGAGGUGCUGUCGGUCUCGCUGGCGGGAGACGCAGACGCAGACGCAGUGGUCGUCGAUUCAGCUGUCUUUUCGGCCUUUCUGCAGUCCUCGCCCAAGGACGAGAUAUACCGGAUCAAGGGGACUGUGCGGUUUGCCUCUGACCAGAUCCCAGCAGACUCGUCCGGUGAGGUCACCGCUGCUGCUGCUGCUGCUGCUGCUGCUGCUGUCUCUGAUGCGCCGCCGGUGCAGACAUAUAUCCUCAACUGGGCCUUUGGGCGAUGGACUCUCACCCCGUCUCCGUCAGAAACAACGACGGCUGCUAGACUCACCCUGAUCCUCGCCCGGUAUGAAGCGGCCAAGUGGAAGAAGAAACUCGAAGCAGGACAGCUGCUCAGGGCCGCUUCUUCCCCUGCCACGGCCUCGCUGCAGGUCGACAUUAUUGGCUAG